AUGUCAUCUCGCAGGUUGGAAAACGGAACGCGCGUCCAAGCCUGGGACUACGAGUUUGACUGGACUCCAGAGCAUCUCACCAGCGAGCAGUUACGGCCCAUGAUCUUUUCCUACGACGAGCUAGCGACGAGAUGCCUUGACCGAUUAGACGACCUCUCACCUCUUCACCUGAGAUCCAAGACACAAUCCAAAAGCAAGGUAGCAGCCUCCAACGACACCGCUCCCGGAAAGCAGCAUCCAGACUUAUACGAAGUUCUCAGAGAGCGUGCUCCUGAUGACGAGACGCUACGACAACUCUGGGACCAAGUUACCACCGUCCCGGACUGGGUGGAUUGGGCGCAGCUGGAGCGCGGCCAAAAGGUCUUUUACCGCUACGCCGGCCCAUCCAUCGUAGGCCUCACUUUCCAAUCGCUGCUAGGGGGCCUCGGCUCUGCGCGGGUGGUCGAGACGCUUGCGCGGACAGGCGGGUUCGGGGUGAGUGUCGUCCGCCGGCGGCUGCUCUCCACCUUCCAGCACCUCCUGGACGUGACCCAUGACAUAGACUCCAUCAAGCCCGGCAGCAGCGGAAGGGGCUUCGCCUCGUCGAUCCGCGUGCGUCUCCUGCACGCCUCGGUGCGCCGGCGCAUCCUGGCCCUUGCCCGCUCCCGACCAGACUACUUCGACCUAUCCCAACACGGCGUGCCGAUCAACGACCUCGACAGCCUCGGCACCGUGCUGACCUUUUCCGCGACCCUCAUCUGGAUCGCUUUGCCACGGCAGGGCAUCCGCCUGCGUCUGGACGAAGUCACAGACUACCUCGCGCUGUGGCGGUACCUGGCAUACAUCCUCGGCGCGCCGUCCAGCCACUUAUGCACCCCCUCCCAGGCGCGGGCAAUGAUGGAGUCCCUCCUACUCUCCGAACUCGCCCACCCGGGGCCCUCAACAACGUCACGGACGCUGGCAAGAAACAUGCUGACCGCCCUGGCGGGGCAGCCGCCGGGUUAUCUGUCCCCCUCCCUGCUGCACGCCGAGGCGCACUGGCUCAACGGCCAUGCGCUGGCCGACGCGUUAGGGGUCCCUCGCCCCGCGUGGCACCACACGGUCCUGGUGGCCGUGCAAUGCGCCUAUUUCGCCGUGGUGUGCCGCGCGCGCAGGAGUGUGCGCGCUUGGGACGAGGCUAGCAUACGCCGGCUGCGACGCCUGCUGGAGGGUAUCGUGCUGAAGGAGAUCGGCGGGGAGAGGGCCACGCACACGUUUCACUACGUCCCGCGGUUGGGGAAGGGCACUACCGGUGGUACUAGCGGAGAAGGAAGAAGGGAUGUGGUGACUGCCCAGCGGAGCUUGUGGUUCUGGUGA